AUGCCCUCCAUCCGCCUUACACUCGUUAAUAAUGCAAAGCAGACGCAACGGUCAGCAGUCAUUCUCAAAGUAGACGACGUUGGAUCUGGCGAUCCCAUCAAUGAUAUCCUUAUCCUAGCUAAGAACAAGUUGCGACUCAAGAAGGCAAAGACCUUGUACCUGAACCAUGGAGUCGAAUUCACCGAUCCAGCCUGGCUGAUCAAUGGCAAAGUUGCUCAGGAUAGUCUGAUCUACGUGUCUUGCGGGGAGGGAUAUAUUGGACAAACUAUGGCAGAAGCCGCGCCAUCACUAGUACCAGUAUCGUCGUCAUCGACAGCGGCACAAACAGCUGGCGAGUCGUCAACAACAUCCGGCGAGAAUGGAUCUACCGAGUCCAAAGAAAAAAACGAUUCAACUACCGCAGCAGACUCAUUGGCCCUUGACGCACUUGUGCUCGACAGUGAUAUAUCUGCAACCAUCGCCAUCCUCGCCAAGAAGAGCUAUAUCGACCCGGACGCAAACUCACAACUCAAUAGGACAGCAAUGUUAUCCGGGAUGCGUCGAGUCAUCGGCCAACCUGACCUCCACCCAGGCAAUCAAUAUCCCAUUGGAGCAACGUUCAUCACCCAAAAACUCAUUUAUCCAGCCCUGAUCGGAAAUGAUAUCGGGUGUGGAAUGGCCGUGUACAAAACACGGCUCUCCUCCAAUAUCAAACCGCAAAAGAUCGUCGACAAACUUCACAACCUCGAAGGACGCUGGAAAGAAGGCGACCCUCACGCCUUCCUCAUCUCUCAACUCGGCGAGGAACAUUCCGAGACUGGCAAAGCCCAUCUUGAUCAACUCGGCACCUUGGGCGGUGGAAACCACUUUGCGGAAUUCGUUGUGAUUGAAAACCGCGUCGAUCUCGAACUCUGUGACUCCUUUGGGCUGACCGAUGACAAGACCUACCUUAUCGUCCACUCUGGCUCUCGAAAGUUUGGCCAAAAUGUCCUUGAACUCUCCAACAGUAUGCAGACCAAGGCCGAGAAGAAGCAUCUUGGUAUCGAUGCCGAUUCCGACGUCGGUCAGACUUAUUUGAAGCAGCACGAUCUCGCCUGCGCCUGGGCCAAGACCAACCGCGAGCUCAUCGCUCAUCGCGUGCUUACCCGCCUGAACGCCGAGGAGGACGCGGCAAAAAUCCUGGAUAUCUGGCACAACAACGUCGAACAAAAACUCAUCGAGUCCAUCGAUCCUGAACGACCCUGCUGGGUCCACCGCAAAGGUGCCGCACCCAGUGAUCGCGGACUAGUCGUGAUCCCGGGCAGUCGCGGUCAUUUCUCGUACCUCGUGCUUCCUGAGGGUGAUCAGGAUAAGAACGGAUUCUCGCUCGCGCAUGGAGCAGGUCGCUUAUUGCCCAGAGCCAAGGCCUUACAGAAACGACCUCAGACAUCCAAACAGGCAUCAAUUUCGGCACUACAGACGACCGAGCUGGGUUCAAGUGUUAUCUGUGAAGAUACAGAUUUGUUGUUUGAGGAGCAGCCGGGUGCUUACAAGGAGAUCACAGAUAUCAUUGACGAUCUGGGACCGUUUGUCAAGGUCGUGGCUAUCCUCCGUCCCAUUUGCACGUACAAGAUGCGCAAAGAGAAUCGCACAUAG